AUGACAACUUUUCGUCACAAAAAAGUUAUGUUUCCAUUAUUAGAUAAGACUAUGAAACUUUGGGUUGAGCAGGUUAUAAGUGGUCAAAUAUUCUUGACAAAUUUAAUCAUUAAAGAAAAGGCUGCAUAUUUUGCCCAGGCAUUAGGUUUGCCAGAUAGUGCUUUAAAAUUUUCUAAUAGUUGGGUCUAUAAGUUCAAAAAACAGAAUAAUCUACAAAGCUAUUGGUUAUACAGAGAAGCCAACAGUAUACCGAUGGAAAUACUUCCAGAACAAAGAAUAAAAUUUCAUAAAAUAAUAAAAGAUUAUCUAUUAGAAAAU